CUGAUUGGGCGGGAGGGGAUCGGUAUAGUUCUCUUACGCCGUGUGACAUCUUACUUACCUCCUCAACUUCAACAUGGUAUCAUUGAUGUGAUCCUAGGUUGUCUUGAAAUCAAGUUUCCAGACCUGCCGUAAACCUUUUUUAACUUCCCUUUUUUCACUCGACAAGUGCUUGUACACAAUGUCGCGCGGACCGCCUUUUGAUGGGCCCCUGCAACAGCCGCGCGACUUCGCAACAGACCCACCGGCUGCUCCUCCAGAUCUUGACACCGCUGUUGACACCACCAGCCACCGCGUUCGAUAUAAUCCCAACAUCGAUACCACCAUUGCGGAAGAGGUUGCCCCCACGAACGAUGCCGCGACCAGCCCGAGAAAGGCACCCGCCCGCGCAGAUACCGGUGUGCCCUUCAGCCCCACCAGUCGACGGCGCACAACCCGGGUCAGCACAUUUCGGACAGUCGACAACUUCGAAGACUUUGAACUCCGCCCGGGAUGGCAUCCCGGUUCGGAACCAGGGGUCGAUCCACUCAAGCCAGAUGGUGGCCACGCAUCUAUGCCUCAACUGAGCGCCCCAUGCGAGAUCACUAUUGUCGACUUCUCCGAAGACAAGCUCUCGAUUCAGAACAAGGACAACUCGUCUCUCGGCUCUUUCUUGGAGGUGCCACAACCAAAGUGGGCAAAAUGUCGGUGGAUCAAUGUGAAUGGCCUGAGCUGGGACGUUAUCCAGCUGCUGGGGAAGCACAAGAGCCUUCAUAAACUGGCCGUGGAAGAUAUUAUGAACACGAGGAGCAGGACAAAGGCCGAGUGGUAUCCAACACAUGCCUUCAUUGUCUUGACUCUUCAAAGGCUUGACGACACCUACAGGGAUUCUGACGACGAGAGCUCUGAUUCUGAUGAGGCUGAUGACACAUCUAGCCAUGCUAGUAAUCGCAGCAUCUUCAGUGGGAAAACUGGCAAGUAUUCCCGGAAGCUCUUGAGGCGGUUGAAACGGAUAUUCUGUGCUGGGAAGUUCUCCUCAGACACCACAUUAGAGGGUGGGAAGAACUGGCCCCAGGAUGGCUCUGGGCCGUAUCCCAGGGCUUCACGGUCUGAGUACCCAGAGGGCCCGACAAGAACCUUGCGAAGAUACCACGCCGCACCAGACGAUCCUAUCGCAAGGUUUAUGGACAGGAACUCAGCCCUGAUCUCCAAAAACUACACGGUAGCCUGUGAGCAGGUCUCCAUGUUCAUCACGAACGACAACACCAUCAUUAGUUUCUUUGAAGAAUCGGCUGAAGUGAUAGAGGCACCCAUCAUCCAACGUCUCCAGACGAGUGAUACAAUCAUCCGACACUCAUGCGAUGCGUCCAUGGUGGGACACGCAGUACUGGAUGGAAUUAUCGAUCUUGCCAUCCAGGUAGCGAGCUGCUAUCGUGAUGCUAUCGGCGAUAUUGAACCCGAAGUGUUGACUCACCCCAACAUCGGCCACACCAAAAAGCUGUACAUCCUCACAUCGGAGAUCAAUGCGCUGCUUAGUUUCAUCAAUCCAAUCACGACAUUGAUACAAGCCCUGCGUGAUCACAAAACGGAUAUGGCGCUCGACAAAGCUAUGGCCAAAAUCUUGGACCCCAAUCAUGACCCCAUCAUCACCACGCUGACGUACACCUAUCUCGGUGAUGUUCUGGACCACUGCGUCCUCAUCACAGAUACUUUAAAUAGGCUCAAGAGCUCCGCUGAUGGGAUGAUAGGGCUGAUUUUUAACACCAUUUCAGCACAUCAGAACGAAUCCAUGAAGCAAUUGACCACAGCCACCAUUAUCUUCUUGCCGCUCACUUUCAUCACGGGUUACUUCGGGCAAAACUUUGUUCCGUUCACCGUUUUAGAGCAAGAUAUUGGCUACUUCUGGAAAAUCGCUGUCCCUGUCGUCUUUGCGACGAUAAUCCUUUUGCAGAGGGAAGCCAUUGUCGACUAUUGCAAGGCCAUCUUCCAGCGUCGUUAUCUCUGGGAGUUGAAGAAAAGGCGCUCGGAUCGACGAAACAAGAAGCGGGUUUGA